AUGACAAUACCCAAGCUCGAACUUCAGGCUGCUGUUUUAGCGGCCAGGCUGGCUGAUCAUUUGGGGCGUACCCUGAGGGAGAUAAUCAAUAAGAGGUUCUUCUGGACCGAUAGCCGUGUGGUGCGAUGCUGGAUUGCUAGUGUGGCCCAAACCUUCAAACCGUUCGUGGCCUUCAGGAUUGGCGAGAUCCAGAGUCUGACCCUGGCCAGAGAGUGGCGGCACAUCCCAGGAAAACUCAACCCUGCAGACCUUGCAACAAGGCCCAAACCCUUGCCCGAUAGUGAAGCAUUCGGCUCAUGGAUCAAUGGCCCUGUGUUUCUGAGGCGAACUGACAUGGACUGGCCUCCAGAUAUAGAGAUCAGUGCGACCAUUGAGGAGCAAAGACAGAAAUACCGGCCUGUGGAAGCAACCAUCAACUAUGUGGGUGAAGGAGCCACCAAUCUCCAGGAGCUCCUUGAGGAACCCAUGUCCAACACCGGGUCUGCUCACAAUGGCAUCCAUGAACUUAUUGCCCAGGCCCAGAGGGAGUCAUUUCCCAACGACUUUGGCCAGAAUGGAGAAUUGGCUCCCCAAAAUGCAUCCAGGAUGAGGAAUCUGGUGCCCUUUGUGAGCGACGACGGAGUUGUUCAAGCCUGGGGUCGUCGUAGCAGGGCUCAGGUUGGCUAUGACCAACGGUUCCCCAUUAUUCUCUGCCCACGUCACCCCCUUACCAAACUGAUCCUCAAGGAGGAGCAUGCCCUCGGUCACCAUCCAGGUGGGAAUCAAGGCUUGGCAAUGAUUCGCCAAAAGUACUGGAUCCUUAGGGGACGUGAGGCUGUUCAAAAAAUACGCCUCGAAUGCCGGGUGUGCCAAAGGCUGGAAGCUCAGCCUGCCCACCAAGAGAUGGCUGAUCUACCUCCAGAGAGAUUUGCCAUGGCGCAGCCCCCAUUCUGGAACACGUCAGUGGAUCUGUUUGGUCCACUGGAGGUCCUGGUGCUGAGGAACAAGAUCAAGAAGAGAUGGGGAAUGAUAUUCACUUGCAUGACCACCCGGGCCGUGCAUCUGGAGGUGGUACCCUCCCUCAGCACUCAAGACUUCUUGAAUACUCUACGCAAUUUCGUUAACCUGCGGGGGAAGCCUGACCUACUCUACUGCGACAACGGCACCAACUUUGUUGGCGCCCACAACCUUUUGCGCGACCUGGAGACGUCCAGUGGUGGGAUGGGUCUGGGACAACAAAUAAAGUGGAAGUUUAAAGUCCCUGCCGCGCCCCAUUGGGGAGGGGUGCACGAGUCCCUUGUGAAGUCGGCAAAAAAGGCCAUGAUCCGGAUCCUGGAGGACGACCAGACGGCCAUUAUCAAUCCAUCUGCUGUACCGUACAUCGCCAUGAUCCGGAUCCUGGAGGACGACCAGACGGCCAUUAUCAAUCCAUGGACCCGAGGAAGCAUUUCGGCUACAUCCAGGGAGUGGUGGACCGUCUCUGGAAAAGGUGGACCACCAAAUACCUCCCCACCCUUCUAA